AUCUUCAGCUACAAUGCUCUGCGAUCUUUGACGUUGCUCCCCGUCUCUUAGGAAGGGUGUUUCAUAUUCAGACGCUUACUCUAAACAAAGGCAAGCAAGAUAUUAGGAUGGAUACCGUUACCACGAGCAACAUGUCGAGCGCUUACUGACGUUAGCUUCGCUAGCCUGCCUAGCAUGUUUUUAGCAUGCUGCAAUAUUUAUCCGUCGAGCACUUUCUUGUAGAGACCAGCAACACUACCUCUGCUUUAUUCUGGUGCAAUGCGUAAGUAAAGCGAGGCUUAUUAUUAUACAAAGUAUGCGCUUUGGUGACAGUAUUUUUAAUAGAGGUUACGGUUGUUUACGUUAGGAACUCUCGCGAGAACUUGGUUUCAUGUGCAACGUGGUGACGAAAGGGUUGUUAUUUCUUGCAGAUUUAUCUAUCAAAAAUGGGGUUUCUUCACAAUACAUUCUCUGACAGUUCUGUAGCAACGUUUAUAAGAGCUUGGAGUUGCCAUUACGACGUGUCACGGUGUAUGAUACAGUAUAUAUUUAAAGUUACGUGUCUUCUGAGGAGGGGCCAAUUUGGCGCAACUCUCAACGCGGGAGAUUUCAUUCAAAUAGCAGGGACCGCCAAGAACACCGGAGCAGAAGCUUGUUAACCUUCCAGUAGGCUGUUGUAGUUCCACGUCUUGCUUAGUCUUUUGUCCGUAUACGUUAUUCAGUGUACUGUCGGUGUUAACUGUCAAACCUUUUGCCAACAUGCCCUCCCUAGAAGUUACAGAUGCAUCUGCAAUUUCUCCAUCGAAGAGGGCAAGGACGGAGACAAAGCGUGAAGAAGACAGAUCUGUCCUCAGGUUUGCAAAGCUUUCUGAGUAUGCCACGACACCGACCAGAGGCUCAACUAAAGCAGCGGGAUAUGAUCUCUACAGUGCAUAUGAUUACACCAUUGGUCCUAUGGAUAAGGCCAUGGUGAAGACAGACAUCCAGAUAGCAGUACCACAUGGCUGCUAUGGGAGAGUGGCACCGAGGUCUGGACUGGCAGCAAAACACUUCAUUGAUGUUGGCGCUGGAGUUGUAGAUGAAGACUACAGAGGAAAUGUGGGAGUUGUGCUCUUCAACUUCAGCAAGGCCUCUUUUGAUGUGAAAAAGGGCGACAGAGUUGCUCAGCUGGUCUGCGAGAGGAUCUGCUACCCAGAUCUGGUGGAGCAAAAGACGCUUGAUGAGACGGAGCGUGGUGCUGGAGGUUUUGGAUCAACUGGACGCAACUGAAAGCUCCAAAUAUUAUUGGUGAUUAAAAUAUAUUGAUUGGGUGAUAAUAAAAUGCUUUUCUUUGUA